GAAGAAGAAGAAGAAGAAAGAAUCAGGUGAAAUGGAGGGCAUCACCGAGAUAUGUGAUUGAUGAUCAUCGCUGGGUCUUGUCGGUGUUAAGAAGUGCUUUGGAGGGUUUAGGCUAUCUUAUGCCCAAGUUAUGACUUGUGACCUAUUUUUGUUGAUGGCUGGUCAAAUUUGUCGUGAGAAAGGGAAGGCUGAAUUAGGCAGCCCAUUGUUGUAGACUGGCUUUAGCAGUCGUUGUUUGGUAAGGCCAGGAUCAUGAACUAGAAGGUCAACUAGAGGAGGCUGUAGAGUUGGUUGACAGCAUCCUUAGGAAGUGUUCUUGAUUGGCUGACCAUGAAAUAAUGCCUUUUCUUUAGAGAAGAUGGUCGGUGCUACAUAUUUCUCUUGUUCUAGUAGUCAAAGUGAUGUUAUGUCUACCUUAUGUCUUAAGGAUGGUAGUCAGAAUCGCUUCCUCGAUUCGGCACUUCCAGGGCACAUGACAUGAUGUAUAUGAACUAUUCAACUGCCAGUACAUAUCCAAACACCUUGCCAGACCACCCUCUCUCUCCACAAAAUUGUGUUGAACUUCUUGCACCUCGCCUUGAGGAAAGCAUUUUGAAUACCUAGAGGGAUGGUAGGAAUAUGCAACCAACAGUUAAACUUACCAAUAUGUUGGGCAUCAAAAAACAAAUAAAUGGUGGUAAUGAUUGGGCCUGUAACACUUUGAAUCUGAGCACUGAGGUGGGUAUGGGGACAGAGUUGAGCAUUUUGCAAGAUGGACAAGAUUUGCAAUGUAACUGUUGUGCAAGGGAAAGGGCUAUCUUUGAGCCUCAGCACACACAUACCAUCUCCAAUUUCAGUUUCUUCUUUCCAAUUUCGUUAUGAAAAAUACUGAUGUUGCAUUCGUAGUUUGCAGAUUUUUAUGGAUUCAGUUGUAAGCAGCCAAGUAGCAACAAAUGUUUCUUACUUUUACAAUUUGUAUUAUCACAAGUGCGUAUGUCGAGAUAUACUGUAAUUUGCUAAUGAAAUGUUUUUGCAGGCAUGUGAUUUUCUUGAACAAGGCUAUAGGCCCACGAUUACCAUUAUUACAACAAGGAUUUUUUUCAGAAUUCACAUGACAAUGUUCUGCCUGAAAUCAAGGGGACAACGGUGCAUUGGAUGAAUGGUAAACAAGAGGACAACAAAGAUAGAGGUAGAAAUUGGAUCUGCUGGUGCACUGGAUGGAACACUCUCUCUCUCAUACGAUACACACUGAUGGGAAGGUCAGUUGACAAGUCUACACAGGUCAACUACUUUUCAUGCCAUCUUCCAGCCUAUUUCCGCCUGAAACUUCUCGCUGCCUUCCAACCUCAGCUGCCCGUCAUCCGCUCCAAUGAAUGCGGAAGGGAGGCCCAUGGACGCUGCAGCAUUGAAGGUCGAGAAGGUCUACAGGAGUUAUAGGACCAGACGUCAGCUUGGAGUUACAGGACCAGACGUGAGCUUGCUGACUCCGCUGUCGUCGCCGAAGUGCUAUGGUGGCAGGCCAUCGAUUUCGUCCGCCUAAACCACCGCACGAUCUCCUUCUUCAAUUACAGCAAGCCGGAAGCCCUUAGCGGAAAGGCAUCUAAGCAAGAGAGGGAGCUCUAUGAAUAUUCACCCAGGAAUGGAAAAAUCAUACAUGUGAAAAGUGGAGAGCUCCUUGACACAGCAAUAGGUCAAGGUCACCCUCGUGCCAAAUGGAUCUUUGUCAUGUGCACCAAUAAGAAGCUCUAUGCAGGCGUGGUAAGGCCAGGAUCAUGAACUAGAAGGUCAACUAGAGGAGGCUGUAGAGUUGGUUGAAGGCAUCCUUAGGAAGUGUUCUUGAUUGGCUGACCAUGAAAUAAUGCCUUUUCUUUAGAGAAGAUGGUCGGUGCUACAUAUUUCUCUUGUUCUAGUAGUCAAAGUGAUGUUAUGUCUACCUUAUGUCUUAAGGAUGGUAGUCAGAAUCGCUUCCUCGAUUCGGCACUUCCAGGGCACAUGACAUGAUGUAUAUGAACUAUUCAACUGCCAGUACAUAUCCAAACACCUUGCCAGACCACCCUCUCUCUCCACAAAAUUGUGUUGAACUUCUUGCACCUCGCCUUGAGGAAAGCAUUUUGAAUACCUGGAGGGAUGGUAGGAAUAUGCAACCAACAGUUAAACUUACCAAUAUGUUGGGCAUCAAAAAACAAAUAAAUGGUGGUAAUGAUUGGGCCUGUAACACUUUGAAUCUGAGCACUGAGGUGGGUAUGGGGACAGAGUUGAGCAUCUUGCAAGAUGGACAAUAUUUGCAAGUGCAAUGGGCAGAUGUAACUGUUGUUCAAGGGCAAGGGCUAUCUUUGAGCCUCAGCACACACAUACCAUCUCCAAUUUCAGUUUCUUCUUUCCAAUUUCGUCAUGAAAAAUACUGAUGUUGCAUUCGUAGUUUGCAGAUUUUUUUUUGAGAAUGAAGCUCACAAAAAUGAUGGAUUCAAUUGCAUGUGAUUUUCUUGAACAAGGCUAUAGGCCCACGAUUACCAUUAUUACAACAAGGAUUUUUUUCAGAAUUCACAUGACAAUGUUCUGCCUGAAAUCAAGGGGACAACGGUGCAUUGGAUGAAUGGUAAACAAGAGGACAACAAAGAUAGAGGUAGAAAUUUUAUCUGCUGGUGCACUGGAUGGAACACUCUCUCUCUCUUUCUCUGAUGAUACACACUGAUGGGAAGGUUUUGACAAUCCUGUGGCAGUUGAUCAGAUGGUUCAACUUACAUCCUAUUGCUGCAGAAGAUCCUUGGAGCAAAGCAAGAAAAGAUGUAACGUACCGGUCCUGUUUCAAGAACAUGUGAUAUGACAUCAAAUGCUAGUGACAUGAUGCGCUCGGGAAGAAAAUCCAGCUUCUGCAUGCAUCACAAAUAAACAACUUAUCCCCAACUCAUUUGGAUUUCAAAGCGCAAAAUCUUGGGGAAUAAGUUUUUUUCCCUCUUUCCAGCAAAUAGGGAGUGUUGGAAGGCGGUAGCAUACUGCCUUCGACAUUUUGCGUCUGGCCGAACAUUUGAGGGUUUGCUGCAGACGACUAUAUCUGUUUGAGAGCUGUAAGAGGCAUCCCUCGGCGACGUGUCUGACAUGUGACGGCGGAAUAUCCGUAUAAAGAUUGCCUUCUUGCGUCUUCAUUGUUUUGUGAUCGAAAGGGGAGGCGCCGUGGUAGUGGCGGCGAGUAGUUGCAGAGAGGCCGGCAGGAUGCCUGGGUUAACGAUUGGCGAUACCAUUCCCAACGUUGAAGCGGAUUCUACUCGUGGAAGAAUAAGGCUUCAUGAGUAUGUGGAUGAUAGUUGGACCAUCAUCUUUUCGCACCCUGGGGACUUCACACCGGUAUGCACGACCGAGCUGGGUAAGAUGGCCGCCUACCAACAAGAGUUUGACAAACGUGGAGUCAAGUUGCUCGGCAUCUCCUGUGACGACGUCCACUGUCACAACGAGUGGAUCAAGGACAUUGAGGCUCACACACCAGGAUGCAAGGUUGCAUACCCUAUAAUGGCGGACCCCAACAGGGAGAUAAUCAAGGAGCUCAACAUGAUCGACCCAGACGAGAGAGACCCACAUGGGAAACCUCUUCCCUCUAGGGCUCUGCACAUUGUUGCCCCCAACAAACAGGUGAAGCUGAGUCUGCUCUACCCGGCGACGACGGGGAGGAACGUGGAUGAGGUGAUAAGGGUGCUGGAUUCGCUGCUCAUCACUUCAAAGCACAAGGUGGCGACCCCUGUGAACUGGAAGCCCGGGGACAAGGUCGUCAUCUCGCCGUCUGUUUCUAGCGAUGAAGCGAAGAAGAUGUUCCCUCAGGGCUACGAAUCUGCAAAGCUGCCGUCUGGGAAAGACUAUCUUCGUUACACUAAUGUUCCCUAGUCCCGUUCUUCUUCUACGUCCUCCACUCCUGUAAUUUUGUGAAUCACCAAGUAGAUGCUAGGUCUCUCUCUCCAGUGUGGAACUGGUUCCGCUGCCUAUAGAUUCAGAGGGAGAGAAUCCUGUUAAUGGAGCGUUGCGGUCUGACUGUAUGGUCAUAUGGACAUAGUUUAUGGUGUUUUAGUAGUGAUGGUUACCAUAGUCUAUAUGAUGUUUUAGUAUUGUUGAUUUGUGGUGUGAGAGAGAAGCGGGGUGCUUGUGAAAGUGUGUAUCUUGUAAAAAAUGUAGGGCGAGGUGUUUCUUCCCAUUGCAAUGAAAAGUUGGAUCUAUGUCAGAAGUAGCUGAUUGCAGAAGAAUUUUUAAGAAACAUAGCAGACCAGAAGCUGUGCGA